CUUAACAGAAUAAAAGAAGAAGUUUCUUUAUCUAUUUAUUUGUUUUGAUAGUAUUUCCCCUAAUUAUUUUUGAUUCAGUUAAUUUAACAGAAGUAAAUUGAUGCGAUAACUUUUGCAGAUAGGACUGUUCGCUAAACGAUUAAACAAAUAUUAAUAUGUUUACUAAACGAAUGCCCAGCAGUAAGGAACGGCGUAUACGUUUACUGCGGGAUGAUGAUCUUGCUGACUGUGAGUUCCUUGUUGGUGAUCUAGCUUCUGAGGAACCACGUCUUUUUCGUUGUCAUAAAAUGAUUUUGGCCACUGCGUCUGAAGUGUUCGAACGAAUGUUUUAUAGUGACUUUGUUGUUGUAGGCCCAGUAAGAGUAACAGAAGUUAGCGCCGCCAGCUUCGAACGUUUCCUGCGUUACAUUUACGUGUAUGAAAUCGAUGCAGAACGGUUUUUGCCACUGAAAGAGCUGGGUGAAUUAUUUUAUUUAGCAGAUAAGUAUAUGAUGCAAGAUUUAACCGACGAAAUAGUGGGACACUUAAAACGCAAGCACAAUUGGACAUUGGGAGACGUGUGGCCGAUGUAUGAUUUGGCGUGCCUUCACGAAAACUUGCCAUUGUUGCUUCUAUGUUAUGAGGAGAUUACCAAAUACGCCAAUAAUUUAUUCAGUGUUGGCUCCUUCUAUCGCCUUAACGUCAACCAUCUGAAACGACUGGUAAUAUUACUUUCACAACAACCACAUAUUUCAACGAAAUUGAUUUUCCAGCAAUUAGAGGAAUAUGGUCGGCGUAAUAAUCUAAAUAAAACAAACGAGCCCGAAAAAUUUUUAAAAUUAGUGGAGGCUGCUAAUCAACUAGAUUUCAACAAAUUAUCAAUAGCGGACUUCGAAUCGGGUCCUGCUAAAUCGUAUUUGUUUAACAAGUAAUUAAAUGCAAAUUAACUGAAUUUAAUUUAAUCAUAUUAUAUAUACGAAAUACGUAUAUGAUCAUGUAUAUAGAAAUAAAUAUGUUAUGCAUAGUAAAAAUA